GUUUAGUCUGGAAGUCACUGCGUGAUUUAUUGGAUGGCGGAAAGCCCCGCUGAAGUGGGGUUGCUGCACGGAACGGAAAUUUCGCGGGUGUAGAAGGGGAGGGCACUGACGACGUGCACUGUUGCUUUACUUGAUGCCUGUGAGUAAUACCACAGUAGGUCUAGGAGUAUAUAAAUUGUGCUAGGCCAGGCUUGAUGGGUAGUUUUUGCAGCUUGAAAGCUACCCUACUACCCAUUGAUUGUUCUUGUCAAGGCCAAGAAAUACUACAUCCCAUCUAAAAUCCACUCACCGAACCUCCAGCGGACACAAUGGUCAAGCUCGUAGGCAAAGAAGUCGGAACCAUUGGCUAUGGUCUCAUGGGCCUAACAUGGCGAGCUAAACCACCUUCACAGGAGCAGUCCUUCAAAGCCAUGCGCACUGCCCUCGCCUCAGGAGCCAAUGCCUGGAACGGCGGCGAAAUCUAUGGAUCUCUCGAACGGAACUCUCUUCAUCUCUUGAAUGAAUACUUCACCAAGUAUCCCGAAGACGCGGAAAAGGUUGUCUUAUCUAUCAAGGGCGGCGUUGUCCCUGGUACGAUGAACACUGAUGGUAGCAAGGCAGGCGUGCAGAGGAGCAUUGAUGAGUGCUUGAAGGUACUGGAUGGCAAGAAGUUUCUCGAUCUGUUCGAGUGUGCAAGAGUGGACAAGAAAGUACCAAUCGAAGAUACUGUUAGCUAUAUUGCGGAGUACGUCAAAGCCGGCAAGGUUGGCGGAAUUAGUCUGUCCGAGGUCAACGCGAACACGAUUCGCCGCGCUGCAAAGGUGCACAAGAUCGCGGCAGUGGAAGUAGAGUUCUCGCUUUGGGCGACAGAGAUCUUGGAGAAUGGGGUAGCGAAAGCAUGUGCAGAGCUUGAUAUCCCGAUCAUAGCGUACUCACCUCUUGGGCGCGGGUUCUUGACCGGCCAGUACAAGUCUUACGACGAUUUACCUGCAGACUCGCAUCUCAAGAUAUUCCCUCGAUUCCAGCCAGAUGUCUUCGACGAGAAUCUGAAGCUUGUCAAGGAGGUCGACAAGGUUGCGUCGAAGAAAGGCUGUUCACCAGCGCAGAUUGCCAUGGGCUGGGUCUUGGCUCACAGCAAGAAGAAUGGACUGCCAGAAAUUCUUCCCAUUCCCGGAGCGACCACAGCCGAGCGGAUUGAAGAGAACAUGAAGCCUGCACAAUUAAGCGAGGAGGAUAUGGACGUUAUGAACGAUAUCCUGAAGAGGUUCCGGCCUAUUGGCGACAGAUACCACCCUGCUGCAAUGGCUGCAGUAGAGGGAUGAAGGUGUGGAAGAACAGUUGACGGUUGAGGGAAAGACCAGCCAUCUGCAAAAUGAGAUUUGAUAGUCAGUUUAUUUCUACCUUGGUGAAGUUCAGAACGCAGAUUUGGAAGGUUGAAAGCAAAGAUCAGAUCAAGUGUAGUGUAUUGUUUCGUCCACACCGGACGCCCACGAAAUGUUCGUUGUGGAGAGUCCAUUAUCGGUAUUGCAGAAUUUGCUUCAUCACUAGAGCUAAAAAGAGACAC